AGGCAACCGAAGUAUAGAACGAGAGAAAGGGGUUUCAUUACGGCGUUCUCUACUCGACCGCAUCUCAGCAAGAUAAAAAAAAAAAACAUUUUUUUAUCUUAGUUUUUCUGUUUGCUACCCUUUCAACCGCGUGUGUUGAUCAGCAAGAAGCGCCAACUCCAUUCUAUCGACUUGCGCUGCCACCACCUCGUCUCUCUUUUCCUUUCUUGCCUUCUACAAAAACCAAAGAGAAAAGAAAAAUGGCAUCCAGCAGCACCGCCUUCGACGUACUCACCGGGGCCGACACGCACUUCGCCACGCCCGACUUCGACCCCGCGUUGACAGACUGGUCCUUCGUCGAGCCCCUCAUUGUUGGUGCCGGCGGCAUCGGCUGUGAGCUGCUCCACCUGCUCGCCCUUAGCGGUUUCGCUCACCUCACGGUGCUGGACAUGGACUUCAUCGAGCUGUCCAACCUGAACCGCCAGUUUCUCUUCACGCAGGCGGACAUCGGAAAGGCGAAGAGCGCCGUCGCGGCCGCGGCGGUCAUGGCGCGUUGCCCACGCGUGUCGGUCACCGCCGUGGCCGGACGGCUGGAAGCGCAGUCGGAUGAGUUUUACGAGAAGUUCGAUGUGGUGCUGCUCGCCGUCGACUCGGUGCCGGCGCGGCGGUGGGUGAACCGUAAGAUGGCUCAGCUCGCCACGCGCACCAUUCUGGCCACCCCAUCCACAACGCCCACCUCAUCACCAGCAGGGUCGGGGUCAGCGGAGGCGGCCGCGGCUACAUCGGCGUCGCGGGGAGGCAGGGUGGUGCGAAGCGUUGGCAUGCACGUGAUUGAGCGCGCUACCCCGAUCAUCGACACCGGCACUGAAGGCUUCGAAGGCCACUGUCGUGUCAUCAACCUCAUCCACAACACCACGCCGUGCAUUGAGUGUGAGAUGUACCUCUACAACAACGGGACAACGCGCAAGACGGUGCCGCUCUGCACGUUGGAGUCGGUGCCGCGUGCGCCGGAGCACUGCGUGCUGUACGCGCAAAUGAAAGAAUGGCCCGAGGAGAGAGGAGGAGAGGGAGGGGAACGGCAACGGCACAAGGCGCAGGGUGCGACGCGGAAUGAGGAGAGCAGUGAUAGCAGCAGGGCUGACGAGGAUACGACGCUGGACCCCGACAACGCCGAGCACGUCCACUGGAUCGCGCAGCGUGCCCGCGCACGUCAAGUGAAGUUCGGCAUCGGCGGCCCACCCAUCGAUGACCUCUUCACCCUCGGGGUCAUCAAGAACGUCGUUCCGGCGGUGGGCUUCACGAACGCCUACGUGGCCGGUCAGGCGGUGACAGAGACGCUGAAGUGGCUAACGGGCUGUGCCCCGCAGCUGGACAACUUUGCUUUCUUCAACGGUGCGACAGAAGCUGGGGUCUUUACGGAUGUGCAUAGGUGCAUCGGCGCACCGAUGGCCGGGGGCGGGGACGUGGGCGGGCGCUGCCUCGUGUGCGGACCGCGCCCGGUGGUGGGCGUUGACGCCGCGCGCGUCAGCCCCACUGCGUUUGUGGCCGGUUUGAUUGAACUGCUGGUGACGGAGGAGGCGGUGAGGACAGAGCUGCGCCGCGGCACAGCCUCUUUGAUGCUUCCGUCGGGUGAGUCGGGGCAGGUGGUGGAGGUGGCCCUUCCUCCGUUGGGCCCGCAUAACCACAAUAAGGUGAAAGCGAAGGGCGUCGGUGGUGGUGAUGGGGGGGAUGGACUUGUGGCAAGCGCAGCAGCGGAGGGCGGUGACAGCGCAGCGGCUGCAGCGAGUCUCGCUGACCUGCUCUGUGCAGCUGGGCACGCAGAUUUUGUUCACGAGUGGGCGACUGGAUCGCAGAUGGCGGAUGUGGAGUGCUUUGGCGGCGCGGAGGCGCGCAUCUCGGCUCUGGUGCAGUGGGAGGGGGAGCGGGGAAGCGGGGAGACGGGGGGAGGCGUAGCAGGAGAUUGA